UGACGGGUGGGAGAGUGAAACACAGCCACCAUUUAUUCAUCAAGUGUUUAGAGGAUGUCUUCGGUCCAGAGUGUGCUGUUUAAACUGCAGUUCCACCUCUGACAAGUUUGAACCAUUUCUGGAUCUUCCUCUGGACGUUGAAAGAGCUUCCAGUGUGUCUUCUUCUCUGGAGCAGUUUGUGAUGCCUGAAGAGCUGGAGGACUACAGGUGCUCCAAUUGCAAAGAAAAAGACUCAGCCUUGAAGACAGUCACAGUAGACAGCCUGCCCAACGUGCUGACCCUGCCGCUGAAAAGAUUUGAUUGUAAUGGAGAUAAAGUCUCAAAGCAUGUGAACUUCCCUGAAAACAUCAACAUGCGGCCGUUCACAUCAGAACCUGCAGGCGACCCACAAACCUACAGCCUGUACGCCGUGCUGGUCCACUCUGGGUCCAAGAGCUCUGAAGGCCACUAUUUCUGUUAUGUCAAGGCGAGCAGCGGUCAGUGGUACAAGAUGGACGACUCCUCUGUGUCUGUGAGGAGCAUCAGGCAUGUCCUGAAGCGAAAGGCCUACGUUCUGUUCUACAUCAGAUCUGACCUGAAGUCAGACAGUGCCACGAAAACAGAACCAGUAAAGAAAAAGAAAAAGAAGAAGAGGAAGAGGAGUGAGAACGAAGAACAUCCUCUGGUGAUUUAUUACAAACAGCUGAUGGCUGAGAGUAUGAGGGAGAUAAGAAAGAGACACUGUGGCUCUGAUGUGGAGGACUCAGAACUGGACUUUCC